AUGAAAAUGGCGGCUCUCUGUAGUGAGUUUGGGGACUUGCUGCAAAUCAAAAAACAACUGAUUUCGGUGAUAUCGCUCUGUAAAGAAAGAGGACUUGUACACAGCGUGAAAUGGGCGUCAGAGUUGGCAUUCGCCCUGGACCCUCUUCCAAAGGACGAAUUACCACCGCCUCCUCCCUUUACCGAGGAAGAUGCCCAAGACCUGGAUGCACUUGCACUGGCCAAGUCGUACUUUGACCUGAAAGAGUACGACCGCGCCGCCUACUUUCUGAGAGGCUGUCGCAGUCACAAGGCCUAUUUCCUCUACAUGUACUCCCGCUACCUGUCUGGAGAGAAAAAGAAGGAUGAUGAGACUGUGGACAGCCUGGGUCCUCUGGAGAAGGGCCAGGUGCGCAACGAAGCCUUACGAGAGCUAAGAGUGGAGCUGAGUAAGAAGCACAGCGCAGGAGAGCUGGACGGGUUCACCCUGUACCUGUAUGGGGUGGUGCUCCGAAAGCUGGAUCUGCUGAAGGAGGCAGUGGAUGUGUUUGUGGAGGCAACGCACGCUCUGCCUCUACACUGGGGAGCGUGGCUCGAGCUCUGUAACCUCAUCACCAACAUAGAAAUGCUGAAGUCGCUGUCCCUGCCAGACUGCUGGAUCAGAGACUUUUUCAUGGCCCACAUGUACACAGAGCUGCAGAUGAUCAAAGAGGCGCUGCAGAAAUACCAGAGUCUCAUCGAGGCAGGCUUCUCCAAGAGCACCUACAUCAUCUCACAGAUCGCCGUGGCCUACCACAACAUCAGAGAUAUUGAUCAAGCUCUGGCUCUGUUCAAUGAGUUAAGGGACCAGGAUCCUUACCGCAUUGAGAACAUGGACACAUUCUCCAACUUGCUCUAUGUUAAAAGCAUGAAGCCAGAGCUGAGCUACUUGGCCCACAACCUGGUGGAGAUAGACAAGUACAGAGUGGAGACCUGCUGUGUGAUUGGUAACUACUACAGCUUACGCUCCCAGCAUGAGAAGGCAGCUCUGUAUUUCCAGCGGGCGCUCAAACUGAACCCUCGCUGUCUUGGCGCCUGGACUCUCAUGGGCCAUGAAUACAUGGAGAUGAAGAACACCUCGGCUGCCAUCCAGGCCUACAGACAUGCUGUUGAAGUGAACAAGAGAGACUAUCGUGCCUGGUACGGCCUCGGUCAGACGUAUGAGAUCCUCAAGAUGCCCUUUUACUGCCUGUACUACUAUCGAAAGGCUCAUCAGCUCAGGCCCAAUGACUCGCGCAUGUUAGUUGCACUUGGUGAGAGCUAUGAAAAGCUGUCGCAACAUGUAGAAGCCAAGAAGUGUUACUGGCGGGCGUACUCUGUGGGAGAUGUAGAGAAAAUGGCUCUACUCAAACUGGCCAAGCUCCACGAGCAGCUCAAUGAAUCUGAUGACGCUGCACAGUGUUACAUCAUAUACAUCCAAGACAUUUUCUCCUGUGGGGAGCAGCUGGAGCACGCUGAGGUGAGCACAGCCUUACGCUACCUGGGCCAGUACUACUUCAAGAACAAGCUGUACGAUGAGGCAUCCCUGUGCGCUCAGCGCUGCUGCGACUACAAUGAUGCUCGCGAGGAAGGCAAGGCUCUGCUGAGACAGAUCUCUCAGGUCAGAGAUCAGGCAGAGACGCCGUCGGCAGAACUGUUUGCUCCGCUGUCCAACAACAACACUCCUGUCAGGAGGGUGUCUCCGCUCAACCUUUCCUCUUUUACACCCUGACACACACACACUCACUCUCCCACGCUCACUGGCCUUAAGGAAACUUUUUGUGGUUCCUGUGAUCAAAACUGCUUGGAUUACACAAAGGGGUUUUCUAAAGAACUGACUUCUGUUGCCAUUUGCUUGGUUUGACAAGCCUCGCACACCGAAAAACAAAGUUGCCAGGAUUUGCUCGUUGUCAGGUUGCAGUGUUAAUUGUAUUAAAACUGCAGUAAUUCUUGGCAUUUGUGGUCCCUGUCAUUUUCUGCAGGGAUUAUAAAUGUUCUCUGCUGUAAGCGGAGAAGAGAAUUACAAGCCCUUGAGACAAUAGCUGGAAAUUAUCUAUCAGCCUCUGCCUGAUACGAACAUGAAGUACUCACUGGAAGAACUUCAGAAGAAUAUCCCUCUGUUUUGUAUUAAUAAAUGUAAAUAUGAAUGUC